AUGACUGAGCAUCAGUUCACUUCUGUUAAUGUAUCUGAAAGUGAGAACAUUAAUCAGUUUAUCCCAAAGGAUGAUAGAGAUGCUGGAGGUCUUCCAAACAUCCUUCACGUUUCUAGGGGCACAAGGGUAAUGUUAAUUCGGAAUAUUGCAACUGAUCAAGGGCUUGUGAACGGUGCCCUGGGAUUUGUUGAGAAAAUUCUGUAUAAUGAUGAAUAUGGUGUGUCAAGCGUUCUUGUAUCAUUUGAUGAUAGGAGCAUUGGAAAAUUGUUCCUAAAUUCAGAUUACAAUGCAGUUGAAAUUACAAAAAAUAGCCAGGAAUUCUAUUAUCAUGGACAUUCAUUGGUGCGGACACAAUUUCCACUUAUGCCAGCUUGGGCCUGUACCAUCCAUAAAGUUCAAGGCAUCACAUGUGAGAGAAUAGUAGAGUCUGUUGGUAACACCUUGUCAGUCCAUCUAUAA